AUGAGCAAGGGACCAGGUCUCUACUCCGACUUCGGCAAGAAGGCCAAAGAUUUGCUCACCAGGGAUUACCUAUCCGACCAGAAGAUUUCCAUCUGUAGUUUCACCGAUUCUGGAGUGGCUGUUACCUCGAAUGUUGUUGAGAAAGGAGGCCUUUCGUCUGGGGAUGUGGCAGCUGAAUACAAGCAUAAGAAUGCUACUGUUGGAUUCAAAGUCGACACUGUGUUCAGUUGUCCCUUCUGCAAUCAUGGAACAAGUGUCGAGUGCCGCAUUGAUAUGAAGAACAUGAUCGGUGAAGUUUCGUGUGGUAUCUGUCAAGAGAGUUUCAGCACCACUAUCACAGACCAGGAGCAAGACUCGUCGUGGGAUGCUGACACUCAUCAGGACGAAGACACAUCAUCGGAUUCUGAUUACUACAACCAGGAAGGAGACUCCUUCUCGUUGUCGUCGGGUGCUGACACUGAUCAGGAAGAAGACGCAUUGGAUGAUGAUGAUGAUGAUGACGAUGAGUCCGAUCAUAUUGAGCCUGAUGACCAACCCAACGGAGCCUCGAUCGAGAAAUUGGCAAAACAUGUGUUAUAUAUGUAUGUUCAAUUUUUUUUCUACAAAUCAAUUGCAAUGUACUCCAUAACUCUAAUGAUCAAAUAUUGA